GGGCUGGUGGGACUACAACCUACGACUGGUACAGGAAACUGCGAAUCACGGGCCUGCAGCCUGGUGGCCCCACAAGGGGGCCGGCGGACCUCUACCUGGGCUGCACGGUGAUCAUCAUGUUCGACGCCGACUACAACCGGCGGUUCUGGCCGAGCGUGGAGGCCUGGACGUCGAUGCGCCAGAUCACCCAGGACGGGCUUGCGCCGGCCUCUCGUCUCGAUACCCGUGCCCAGGUGCACGGCGUCGCUGGCAGCGACGGCCAAGCCGCCCUGCGCGACUACCUCUUCGGAGCCUGGCUGCACAAGUCGGCCGAGGAGGCGGCCCGGACGCUCCGGUUCGAGGAGUACUUCGUGACCAACCAGAAGGACAAGGAGGUGAACUUGCAGGUCCUGGCUGGCCUGGACGAGCGUGUGAAGGGCAUCCUGGAGCAGAACCCCAGCCUGGCGGCCGCCUUCUCCAGCAAGGGCGGCCGCGACACCCCGCCCGCGCCGGCCCCCGGCCUCGCGCCGCCGCCGCCCCUCGGCGCGUGCCGCUGUGGCGCCGCCUACCUCGCGGCCGAGUCCCGGUUCUGCCACAUGUGCGGCUCGCCGCGGGAGACGACCGGCGGCGCCGCGGGAUGUGCGGCGGGCGGCAGCGCGGGCGCCGGCUGGCGCGCGGUGCGCGAGGCGGCCGCCCGCCACAGGGCGACGCUGCCUUGCGGCACGUCGUCGGGCGCGCCGCCAGAUGUGCCCGGCCUCUCGGAGGAGGCGGGCGCCGCCGCCGCAGCGCCGUCUGUGCCGCGUCGGGCGUAAUUAGGGGGGCCGGGCGCCGCCGCUGCUGCCUGGCGCGACCCGUGCCCCGAGCGUCGCCAGGAGGAGGGGGAGAGCGACCCAGGCACGGAUGGAGAGCUCCCCCAGCCCCGACGGGCCACGUGCUGGGCCGCCCCCGCGCGACUUUUUCCGCGGUUGCAUGCGCUGGCGGCGGGCAGGUGCGAAAUUCCGCCUGGACCCGUCGCCCGCAUCGGUCGGCCCAGUGCACCUGUUGAUAUACGGUGCUCGUGGAAAACAUGUCGUGAACCAAGGGCUCCCUCGAGGGCGCGAAGUUAUUCGCGCUUCGCGCUUCGCGGUCCUCGUUCCUUCUCCCCCUCCUCCUCGUCCUCCUAUUCUCCCUUUGGGAGGGCGGCGCGAGAGGCGCGAAGUUAUUCGCGCUUCGCGCUUCGCGGUCCUCGUUCCUUCUCCCCCUCCUCCUCGUCCUCCUAUUCUCCCUUUGGGAGGGCGGCGCGAGAGCGCGAAGUUAUUCGCGCUUCGC